UCUACGUACAUUUACUAAACAAAAAGAAGAAGACUCUAAAAGGUUUAUUUGUGAUUUGAUUUUGCAAAUCAUUUUAAACAAAGAAAAACAGACAAACAAAUCGGAAUUUAUACAAUAGAACAACAAAAAUGCCAUCCAUUUACGCUGGUAUACACUUGCCAAAUAAACCCGAUGAAUUUCUAAAGAUAGAACAAAUUGAUCUUGACCAAAAUGUACUUCAUCUCAAACAACAAAUAGCCGAGAAGUGUCAAUUUCAGGCGGAGAAUCUUGAAGUCAUUUGUGAUGGCCUACAACUGACCGACGAGGAGAAACUAAGUGAAGCCCUUAAGCCGGGUGCCAACACCAUACAUACUGUGCAUUGCUUCCAGAAGACCAAGAAAUAUACCCCUUAUGUACCCUCUGAGAAACUCAAAGACGCUGUCGACACUGCCCAGUCAUUGUUUUAUACUAUAGGUAAUAUACAGAUCAACGUAAGCUGCAGGGUAAACAUACUGCAGAAGAUUUUAGCUGAAUAUCCAGAGUUUCGUAGAAACUCGGCUGCAUUAGCCUUGAUAAGGGAUUCGGUGUUGUUCAACACUUUGCAUCAGCCGGAGGUGAUUAAGAAAAUUGCUGAACACUAUCCUAUCAUCAUUGAGGCUGCACCGUUCAUUGUGAGUACAGUGCGUAAAGAAUUGGCCCGUAGCGGUUCCUCAUCAAAGUUCUCGGAACCAGCAACAGAUUCGACCAAUUCUUCGGAAGAAGAAAAUUCUGUGGGCAGUAAUGAACGGGGCAGCCGUGAUGAUGAAGGCGGCAGCAGUGCACGUAGUCAAUCGGAGACUGCUAGAAUUCGUAUGAUAAGUCGCCAUCAAUUACAAGCUGCCUUGGCACAAAUUGGUUUUGGCUCGGCAAAUUCACUGUCGAACAUUGCUCAGAGGAACAGUGAAACAUCUGUGGCAGCAUCGGCCUCAGAAACUACAUCAACACCAUUAUCCAGCUCGGCUAGUGGUGAGCGUAUUUCAGCCGAUGAAUUACAAAGAGCUUUGGAUACAUUAAAUACCAUGAACCAGCCAAUGGAUACAACAGAACAGCAAGCUGUCAACACGUCGGUAACAGAUGAUGGAGAUAUCCCAUCGGCUCUAAGAACACAUCCAUACGCUGAACAGCUGAGGACAAUGCAGCAAAUGGGCUUUUUGAAUCAUGAAGAGAAUUUGAAUUUCUUAAAUUUAGCCAAUGGAAAUAUUGAACAGGCUGUAAAUCUAUUGAUGGCUGCCAUGAUGUAGGGCUGCUAAUACGACUGACAUUUUUUAUAAAAACUAUGCGAUCUAUGUAAAAUCGAUUAUGAUGAUUUUUUGAAGAAAUAACUAAUAUAUAUAUAAGAAUUAAUAAUAUAAAAUUAUAUGUAGAGAUCUUGUUAUUAA